AUAUCAUGUUCGCAAUUCGCUGGAAGCUUUUGUGCUGCUUGUCAUACAGUCCCCCACAUCGAUAAUCGAUUCGUGGGGAUGUUUAUCAAGUGACAGGUAGAUAAUGCGGCACCGAGCUGGAAAGUUACGGUUGCGUUCAUGUCUUGUCCCAGCUUUUAUAAACGAGACCUAUUUUAACAGCUUCUAGCAAUUGCGUGUGUGUCAUUGAUGGAUAUAUUUCAGCUAUUGAUUAUCAACUAGUUAAAAUAUACCGGUUGACUUGAGUCUUUCUCAGAGCAUCGAGCAUCGAGCAUCGAGCACGCUUAGGCGUUUAAUAAUGCAUCUUGUAUUUUGCACUUUUCCGAGAUUGACCUGUCAUUUAUCUUCUAUUGGGUCAGCCUCCGAAAUCAGCAGCAUCCUCUCUUUUUUUUGUUGGCUUUUACCUGCAUAGAAAGCAAGACCAGGGACCUCCCCACGCCGCUUUUCGUCAUCUUAUCGUGUAGAAUGAUAGGUAGACCAAUUCACCUAGGAUCUGUGUCUUUUUAGAGGGGCCAUGGGCAUCGGUCUAGGUCGACCGAAUUGUUUGCCCUCUUAUAUCUUGCAUUAGACCACACCGAAAUCUAAGAUGUAGCGCCACCUAAUGACCCUGAAGAAAAUUUUACAUACAUACUUGAAACUACCUACCUUUGGUGUUCGCGUAUUAGUAGUAAUGCCGAUUGUUCAAUAUGGCAGCGCCCAAGAUCACAAUUGCUGCGGAUGACAGCUUUUCCGGUAGGCCCAUCCCGGAUCUCGGGGGUGUUUACCGCACGCGCAGCUUGUCACAGUCUCAGGGUCUUGGUAGGCGCCGUACCGCUUCUCGCGCGUCUCACGAGAGACGCAGUGAACACCUUGAUGUUGAAGAUGAGGAUGACUGGCUCCAAGACGAUGGUCGGAAGAAACAAGUCUUCAAGGGAACCGCACUACUCUGGCUGUCAUACCAGUCGAUCGGCGUAAUCUAUGGUGAUAUAGGAACAAGUCCCUUAUAUGUGUUCUCGAGUACUUUCACUUCUCAGCCAUCCUAUGAUGAUCUCCUCCAGGUCCUCUCGGUGAUACUUUGGUCUUUGACCAUCAUGGUUACGCUGAAAUAUGUGUUAAUCGUGUUGCACGCCGACAACCAGGGAGAGGGUGGCACGUUUAGUUGCUACUCGUUACUCACUCGAUAUGCUAAUAUCACCGAUCGCGAUCCUCGAGAGGCGCGACUCGUGAAGAUGGAACGACACGAGACGGACGAUAUGCGCCCGAGUAAUCGAACAUUACGCUCGACCAUCGAGAAAAACACGUUUCUACGCGGUUUACUAAAGAUUAUUGGCGUCUUAGCUGUUUCUAUGGUUAUCGCUGACGGUGUCCUUACCCCUGCACAGUCUGUUCUCGGAGCCAUCCAGGGUCUCUCGGUGGUGAGUCCCAGCAUAAGCAGCUCUACCAUCGUCGGAGCAUCAUGCGGCAUACUAGUUGUGCUCUUCCUUAUCCAACCUCUUGGAACCACCAAGUUAGCGAGCACAUUUGCUCCUAUCGUCAUCCUGUGGCUCGGAUUCAACGCCGGUUUUGGCAUUUACAACUUGGUUAUGUACGACCACUCGGUGUUGAAGGCCUUCUCGCCCUACUUUGCGAUACACUUCUUCAUGGAGAAGAAGACGACUGCUUGGAGAAUGCUUGGGGGCAUUUUACUCUCGUUCACUGGUGUCGAGGCACUCUUUGCAGACCUCGGUGCCUUCAGCAUGAGAGCCAUUCAGAUAAGUUGGUUAUCUUGGUGCUACCCUUGUCUUCUUUUAGCAUACGUCGGCCAGGCUGCGUAUAUCAGCGUCCACCCUGAUGCGUAUACGAACCCUUUCUACAAAGCCGUCCCCCCCGGAAUGCUGUAUCCUAGCUUGAUUGUUGCCGUCCUGGCAGCAAUUGUUGCUUCGCAAGCCAUGAUCACGGCUGUUUUCCAGCUCAUUAGCCAGUUGAUGAAGUUAUCGUACUGUCCGCAAGUGAAAGUCGUCCACACAUCGAAGACAUUCCAUGGGCAACUGUACGUGCCCUUCGUUAAUUGGAUCUUGAUGUGCGGGGCUAUUCUUGUUACUUGCGUUUAUUCAAACACAACCCGCCUUGGAGACGCAUAUGGCGUUUGUGUCAUGUUUGUCACCUUCUUCGAUACAUCGAUGGUGACCCUUGCCUGUUUGAUCGUGUGGGGAUUGUCCCCCUAUCUUGUCUUCGUGCCGUGGCUUUUCUUUGCUACAGUCGACGGCCUGUACCUUUCCGCGGCUUUAACCAAAGUUCCUGACGGAGCCUGGUUCACGAUUACCAUUUCGGGAAUUCUUACAUGCAUUUUUCUACUCUGGCGCUUCGGUAAGGAAAAUCAAUGGCGCGCCGAGGCAGAAGACCGAUUCCGUCCCGCGCAACUCCUGCACCGGACAGACUCUACUCCUAAUAGCGACCUUGUACUCGGACCCCGUUGGGGUGGUGGUGCUGUGAGUCGGAUUAGGGGGUUUGGUAUAUUCUUCGACAAGACGGGUGUGCUAACGCCAACUGUGUUUACGCAAUUUGUUAGCAAGUUUGGGACUGUGCCGGAUGCUAUGAUUUUCUUCCAUCUGCAUCCUGCGGAAACACCGACUGUUCCAUUUAAUGAGCGUUAUUCUAUCUCGCGUAUAACUGCUAUUCCAGGUUGCUAUAGACUGGUGGUCCGCAGUGGCUUUAUGGACGAAGUGAUCACGCCCGAUCUUGCGGCACUGAUAUACGAGCAAGUACGGAAGUUCGUUAUCGAUCAAGCCAAUGAUGAUAAUACAAGUCGACCUUCAGUGGAGAUCGAAGUUAUAGGGGUGCAAGUACCAAGUGAAACUCACGGGGUAUCUUCUGGGAGAGAUGUUCAAGCGAAUGGCCAGAGCGAGAGGAACAGGGCAGUACUUGCGCUCGGAGACGAUGCGAUAAAGGAGGAGCUAGGUAGGCUUGACCGGGCUUUCGCCAGCAAGGUCAUGUAUGUGAUCGGCAAGGAACAAAUGCGCAUAAAAGACCAUCCCGCGUCAUUUUUCCGGCGCAUAAUCCUGACAACGUUCCUCUGGAUCAGGGAUAACACGCGCGCCAAGAUCGCGAAUCUAAGGCUUUCCAUGGAUAGGGUUGUCGAGGUUGGGUUUGUUAAAGAGAUAUAAUGCGAAACAAACGUUACGAAUAUUGUUUCGGAAUAUCUGAUAUUGUAAGACAGGAUGGGACUAGAUGAAUACCUCCUAAUAUUUAGGCAGAUUCCUAGGAUAUAUAGGUACCUAAGGAGAGUAAGACUUGAUAUUAUUGCAGAACUAUGAAAUUCCAUUACUUACACGUCCCAGCGGAGAUGCUACACUAUCAGUUAUCAGAGAAAUCCAUAGCCAAUACCAGGAUCAUUAAUUCUCUCUUUCUCCAAAGUAUUAAGAUACACAUACUACGCACCCCACCUACAGUCGGAUUGCUUUGCUCGAAUAAUGUUAACUUUAUUAUAGGUAACGUGGUUAGGACUUAUGCGAUUAGGACACACAGCACGUCGAGUUCUCAAUGAAGAAAUAUUAGGUACCUCUCACUCACACAGGCUUGUUCUGCGAUGAAAGCCCAGAACUCGACGCUCGGGCGAUAUAACAUCUUUGCGCAACUUCUAACACGAAAACUAUUCUUGUGGACAAUAAUCAAAAAGAAAAAGCGCCGAAACUGCUUACUUCCUUAAAUAUCGUCGAAAUACCGGGUUUUAGCAGGAGCUGUAUUCUCGAUGUUAGAGUUCAUGACCAGAAUGUAUUCAGGGGAAGUUUGGCCGACUGCUUUAGAG